AUGCUCUCUUACUCCCUAAGAAGUUCAAUCAACGGUAGUUUGGUAGAUUGCCAUAGCAAUUUGCCUUCAUUCUCCUUGUCUUGGCUUGAUCACUUGGAUGAGAAUGAGCUUGGCAGAUACACUGUAGUCCUUGCCUCCAAUUCUUCUAUUUCUUUUGAAGGGACACGUUACUUGAAAAGGGGUGUGAAUGAUCGGGGUAGAGUUGCUAAUGAUGUUGAGACAGAGCAGAUUGUCCUUGAUGAAGAAGCUGGAUCUUGCAAGGGAAAAAUGAGUUCAACAGUUGAGAAAAGGCCUCGGGAAAUGAUGCUGAGGCGUGAAUUUGCAAAUGCUGUUAGGUAUCUGAACCAAAUUCUACCGGUAGAUAACCAUCUUAGAUUUAUUCACUGGGACUUUGACAAGUUUGCAAAGACCAAGUCUGCCAAUGUUUUGGCAGUUUUAGGAGGUGUACCAAGUGAAGCUCUUGAUUUAACUGGUUUUUACUACAGCGGUAAACCCAGUAUAAUAAAGAGGGCCAACAAGAGCAAUCGAUCAAGCACAAGGAGGGAUACUUCACUGAGAGAUCUGAGAGCUGGUUCUGGAGAUCUUGUGAGAAUUGGGAACAGUAUCGAAAUGUUAAAUUCUGGGGUUAAUCGAGACAGAGAGACUGACAUGAACCAUCAGAAUAAAAAAGAUAAUUUUAGUAGUGAUGCACCGUAUUUUCAGAGUGGAGUUCUCCGAACCAACUGCAUUGACUGCUUGGACCGUACAAAUGUUGCACAUGGGGACGCUCUCGCUCAACAGUAUGGUGGUUCUGCAGCUCACAAUAUUGUGUUUCCGGAGAGGCAGGGAAAGUGGAAGGCAACAACACAAUCAAGAGAGUUUUUGAAGUCCAUAAAACGAUACUACAGCAAUGCUUACACAGAUGGUGAAAAACAAGAUGCAAUAAACUUGUAUUAUUCCUCAGAAGGGACACCUGCUCUCUGGGAGCUGGAUUCAGAUUAUUAUCUCCAUGUAUCUGGGGUUGAGGAUGAUCUAAUUCCUGAGAAGUGUUCUGAACCAAAUCCCAAGCCUCCUGGAGGAGGUGGAAUGGUGUUCAACCCGAUACCAGCCUGCAGAGAAGACUUCUUACGCAUAAAGUUGACAUCAUUUGACAAGUUAAUUGAAAAGACCUGUAGUACAAUUAAAAAUGUAAGACUAUGCUCUGAACCUGAUCGGAGACCAGGUGGGAGCUCUGGAAACAGUGGAGUGGCACCUGAUGCAGCACGGAUGCCUUUUUUGAAAUACAGCUCAAAAGCCCAAAUUGGCUUUUCGGCCAGAGAAAGUAUGGAGGAUUCCUCUGCUGCAAAAGUAGCUUCUCAUGAAACUGACGAUGAAGGAUCUCAUGCUAUUGGAUUUUGUGACUUGAAUUGGCUUUCCUCUGGCAGUGAUAUGAAUGAAGAGGAUGUUUUCCGAAGGUACCUUAUAAUGACCUCGGCAAAUGAGGCCAAUGGUUUGUAUGGAGGUAGCCUCCUUGGUGAUGAAGACGAAAGCAGUGAGAUACAUAAACAUUAUGCCGAGUUAUGUCAGGCACCGGGCUUGGAACUUUUCCAAAAUGACUGUGAGAGGGAGCUACACUACGCAGAUGGUUUAAGCACGAGUUCGUAUGAAAUUGUGAAUGAUUCUGCCGUUGAGGCAGAAAUGAAAGCAGCUCUAAAGGAGUAUGACCAAGUUGGUGCUGACCUUGGGAUCAUUCCCAGAUCUUGUAAAUUCUUUGCUGAUGAUCCGAGCUGGCUUACAAGGUGGUUAACUGGGGAAGAAUUCAAAUUUAUAUCUUUUUCCAAAGUUUUGGCAGUUUUAGGAGCUGUAGCAAGUGAAGUGCUCGAUUUAACUGGCUUUUAG